CGCACGGACUCUGCGCGUAUCAGUGGCGAGGACGCACGCGCAUUCCGUUUUUUAAUCAAUUUUUACUUUGUGACCGUUGAUUUACGAUCUACAGUAGCCACGAUUGAGUCAAACAUUUUUUUUGAAUAACUCAUCUUAUAAUUUACAUAACUUAAAUAAGUUUAAACAAAGUGCUUUGUGUAUUCUUUUAAAAAUGAAGGAGACUCUCUUCCUGCUACUAUUGGGCUGUGGCCUCUCCCUAUCAGCCAAACAAUGCUGUCCGAACAACGAGAUAAUCAGACCCAGAGGAUAUUGCGAUGAUGACUUAAAGUACAGGAUAAACAUGAACUGCACAUCAGGUCAUAUGCUGCUAAAGGACGUAGUAGUGGAUGGAGACAAGAUCUCCACCAUGGAUUACCCUGGAUACGUGUUUACGGACAAUCCAGAUAGCUACUGUCUAGGAGACAUGUACCGCAACAAUAGCAUGCCUUCAUUGGGUCUCAUGAAGGCCGCAGUGGUGUGCUAUGAUAAAAACCAAAGCACAAAUGAUGUGGAGACUGGUGGGGUCCUUGCCCUCGUAUCAGUAUUGUUCCUUUUCGCUACUGCUGGUAUCUACAUGUAUUUGCCGCAAAUGAGAGACUUGCAAGGAUUGUGCUACAUAUGCAUGUGCAUAAGCAUGGCAUUAGGAUUCUUAUCGCUCGGAAUUCUCCAAUUGAGUCCAGGAUUCCAAGGCCAGAUAUGCACUGUUACAGGUUUCCUUAUUUAUUUCUGGAUGAUGGCAACUUUCUUUUGGAUGAAUGUUAUUAGCAUCAACAUGUAUCGCACUGUGAUUGAUGCCGCCUAUCUGAAGAAGACAGAGAGACGGCAAUAUUUCCUAUACAACAGUUACGCGUGGGGUUGCUCGUGCCUAUUUCUUAUAAUAGCCCUCAUAACUAAUUUCGUCGAGGGAAACCACUACAAACCUGGUAUUGGUGAUAAUAACUGCUGGUUCAGUGGACGCGCCCAAACCUGGAUUUACUUCUAUGGACCCAUUGCCGUCCUCAUCGCCGCGAACGUCAUACUUUUUGUUAUGUCCUCAUUCAGUUUAUGGACGCACAACAAAAAAUACGAAGUAAACAAGCUAAAUAAUCUCAAGCGCAAGUUUCUCGUGUCUCUGAAAUUGUUCCUGGUUAUGGGUAUUUCAUGGAUCUUCGAAAUUGCCAGCUUUGCUCAUGGAGAGAAACAUAUUCUUUGGAAAAUAAUGGACACCUUCAACUGCCUACAAGGGGUCAUAAUAUUUCUGAUACUCGUUAUAUUCAGGCGUCGCGCUAUGAAGGGACUAGCUGAUGACCAUAUUUGCUUAUUCGUCACCCGUCCCAUAGCCAAUAGACUUAGUCCAGACGACGACGCAGACGAACAACAAAUAUUAGAUGACACUGUGGAAGUCAGGCUGAACUAAGUCCUCGUAAAUUUUAUAAAAUCGCAGUCUUAAUAUUAAGCACAAUGUAAAUAAAAAGCUAUAAUUUUAAACUUAUGAGCGCGUAGAAACAACUCAAUGUAAAUAGCUUAAGGAUCAAUGAUAAAUCUUAUUUUUAAGCGUCUAAAUGCUCUAAAAGGAUACAAAUUAAACGCAGUAAAGCUCUCAUUCUUAUAUACAUAGAUUAUUUAGCUAUGAAUCUCCAAUAUAAUUAAUUUUAUAAUAAUGGAUAUACUUAGAUACUUUUCUGGGUUCUAUUGUUUUAUUUAUCAGAAGACAAAUAUUGUUUGUGCCAUAAUAUUGAUAAAUGAAUUUAUUAUCAUUAGAUUUACUUAAGUGUAAAUUCUAAAAUAGUUAUAAUAUAAUAAUAUUAAGUUUAUUAUAUAAUUUUAAUAUUUUAAUUAGUUCCUAUAUUUUUAUUAUAUGCAUGAAUUAUUAAAGAAUGUUAAUAUCAAUUA